AUGGAUCUUUUUGUCCACAAUGAGAUAUAUUGUCUCUGGAUCUGUACCAGUUGUCAUUAUGCGGUCACCCCGCAGCAUCUAGAUCGGCAUCUUCGUACCCAUCAUCGAUGGCAUCCAUCGGUCAAAACGGCAGAGCUUCGCCAGGCAGCUCUUACCGAGAUGCUAAAAAAAGCGUGGAUUGAGCCCCGGAAGGAAGUCUGUCGGUUUCCCUCUCCAGAUAGUCUUCCCAUCCCGCAUCUCCCAGUCUAUUCCGGGCUGCGCUGUCCUCUCUGCUCCUAUGUUAGUCGGUCUCCCCAGACCCUCCGGAGUCAUAUGAGCGGUAUCCACCCUGAGACUCGGCGGCCACGGGGCGGAGAUUGCUAUCGGAAACCCAAUAUUGCUGCUGCAGCUGAAUCUGUUAGCUGCCAGCGAUUCUACAUUGCCGGUGCCGGGAGUCAAUUUUUCGCUAUUACUCCCGCGAGUCAAAUUGAGCGAGUUCAGAAGGCUGCUCAGAUGAGCAAGGCUGAGUUUAUUCAGAGUCAGAUUAACCAGGUGUACGAGCAGGAUCAGCAAGCCCAGGCUAUCGAGCAACAGUCUAUCCCGAUCGAAAAGCAUUCCAGCGAGGUCUCUCCGUGGAUGGAAUUAACCCGUUGGCCGGAGUAUCUGCGGGGGAAGAAUCUUGCUGCGGUAGCUCCGCUAGGGUCAAUCCCGGACAGUGAGAAAGAACCAUUACUGACUGUCUUUGUUCAAAGUGUUGAGCGGCUUAUUCACCGGGCCUAUCAGACUAUUGCCAGCCACCGGAUCAAUGAGUUUGAUCAAAUUCAGAUCAAUACCUUCUUCCGCCGGCCGGGGGUGUGGAAUCGGCCGAUUCAGAUCUAUCUCCGCCCAUCCACAUACCGGCAGUACCGGCAGGUGUGGCAGCGGCUGAUCUGCUUUGCCUACCGCAGCAGCCGCCCCGAUCAGCCGAUUAUCCUCCGCCAUCAGCUGACCACAGCGCAGCUGGCUGCCCUGGAUCAGAUGGAGGAGUAUGGCACCCGGCUCCUUGACCAACCAGCCGAUAGCCGGUCCGAGACACGGUAUCUGAUCAAGACUAUAGAGGAUCAGCUGGAUGAGGCCUGUCUGGCACUCUCGAUCGCUCUACUCGAUCAUUCUCUCAAAGGGGAUCUAUUCGAAAGUACAGUUAUAGGAUUUCUAGCUAUUUUUGGAAUCAAUACUGAUUGCUCUAAUUUCCGGGAUCCAAACUACUAUACUACCUAUCUCUCUGCACUGUUCAGUUUACAUGGUUGA